AUGAAGUUUUUAAAUAUUGUUAAUAUGAGAAAUAAAAGGAGAUGCCCGAUAAUAAUGCUCGUAACUGUCAUCCUGAUGACAAGCACUCUAUACAACACAUUCAACGUUGUUUACAAGCGAUUAACAAACGCGAUUGAAGAAAACCUUCACAAAAGAAACGCGGAUGUUGUUAUAAUAUCCAAAUCUUAUUUCAGUAACGAUGGUUUUAUAAGCCCAAUAAUUCAUCUUCCCAUCCCAAAGCAGGACGACAUAAAGUACCGGAACGAAUUUUGGCAGGUUCACCAAAAAAUUCACGACGUCGCUGAUGACAAUCGAUCUAACUCUCCACUCGCGACACCAGACCUCGAUGAAAUUGUGGCCUACUUCAGCUACCACGACGACCGGCGACAAGUGAUCCAGCAUACAGGCAGUAGAUGGGUCCGCGUGCUGGCAGUCAAGAAAUUAAACAAACAUCCAACUUCUGUGUUUUGCCAGAUGUGGUUUCAUGGUGAGGAUGAACAAAUUAACGGCUAUGGAAAAGUGGAAGAGCGCUUACUUGGAACACCCACUGUUCGAAUUGUUCGGGCAAGAGUUCAUGCAACUGGCCGAGAUCACAAUAUUUUGAACCUUAGAAACAAAACAUCAUCGGCAAAACUGAACGUGGAAGACGAUCAUUUAAGGUAUGGUCAGUUCUUAUUCUCGUGUCCGAUUGGUUCGAAAAUUAAAAUUACGCCCAAAUUUGUUUCACUGGCCUUCAGUAAAUAUGAAAAAUCUUCCAUUAUGCUUCCGGUUUACGAUUUUCCAGAAGAUAAUGCCAGUCUUGAUAUGGAAAAUGAGAAAAAUAAUGUGGACCAAAUAUUUAUGAAGGACAGUCAUGCAUACGUGGUUGAAGAUGUUGAAGGUGAUGCUGACUACGAGGAAGGCAUUGAAAAAAAUUCUGAAGCAAGCAUCAACAAAACUGCUGAAGAUUCAAAUGAUGGAAACUUCAGAUACGAAUUUGUUGUCUGCGUAGACGGGUCUUACGGGAAGCUGAAUGUGAAGGAAUUCAUCGAGUGGAUGGAGUUGAACAUUCUGCUGGGAGUAUCUCACGUCACCUUACACAACGUGACCUGGAGGGCAGAUGAACAAGUCCAGUCAGUCCUACAACACUACGAAGAAAGGGGUCUUCUCAAGCUCUAUGGCAUAUCUUCUGCCUUUGAGAACUGGCAGCCCAUUGUUUAUUCGAACCUCAGUUCAAGGGACAUCUUUGAGCCAAUAAGUCUCGGGAGUCCGUCAGCGUUGAAUCACUGUUACUGGAGGUACACGAAGUUGGCUAAGUGGGUGCUUGUGAUAGAUUAUGAUGAAAUAAUCAUACCGCAACAAGUUCUGACGUACCAAGAAAUGUUCAAAGAACUUCUCCAGAAAAGCAAAAAGUCCGAUAAGAAAAAAAAGUGGGAAACUCCACACACCUUUGUCUUUUCAAUGGCUUAUCAUUUCAGAACGUGGCCUAAAAUUUCCAAAACAAGCAACAGUUCUUACAACAUAGAAUCCAACCAAACCGUCGAGAACCUGCUCCAGAGUGAUGACUCGAACUUCAGUCCACACCGAUAUCGGUUAUAUACCGAUAGAUUUCAUUACAGAACCAAUCCUCUGAGCAGCUGGACAGCUCCAAAAUCAUUCAGCGACCCACGACGCUGUCUUUCAGUUUUCAACCACUACUGCUACAUUCACCUUCCUGGAGAUGUUGGAGAGAGUUUCAACGUUGGAAACGACGUUGGCAUGGUUCACCAUUACAGAACUAAAUGCCCAAGGUCUGAUGAAGAUUGUGAAAAGUUCGCUCCUGGAAAAAUUUACGACUCAAACAUUGAUCGAUAUUUUGAGGUUUUGAAGAAAAAUGUUAAAUUAGUUUUUGACAAAAUUUUGGUAUAA